UCAACAUGGACGCGUCCAUUUGAACAUCUCGCCUGAGCGGUUCUCCCGCACGCUUGCUUGUUAGCAGUCGUGUCCGCAGCUGCUGCCCAGUCUUCCUCCGGAAUAGGGGAGGGAGAGGGAAUGAGAAGCUGCAGCGGCCGAGGAGUCACCGUGACCGUCCCCGCCGCCACCCUCGGGCCCCCUAGGCCCCCGCGCCUCCGGGGAGCAGCCGGGGCUCGCCGCGCCUGACGCGUCCCGAGUCACACAGAAAUAAUGUUGAUAUUUGGAACCCAUGUCGAACUUCUAUGAAGAAAGGGCAACAAUGAUUGCAGCCGGGGAUUUGCAGGAAUUUGUUCCUUUUGGUCGAGACCACUGCAAGCACCACCCUAAUGCUUUGAACCUUCAGCUUCGCCAGCUGCAGCCAGCGUCGGAGUUAUGGUCUUCUGAUGGUGCUGCUGGCCUGGUGGGAUCCCUUCAGGAGGUUACGAUCCACGAGAAACAGAAGGAGAGCUGGCAGUUAAGGAAAGGCGUAAGUGAAAUUGGAGAAGAAGUAGAUUACGAUGAGGAACUCUAUGUGGCUGGAAAUAUGGUUAUCUGGAGCAAAGGAAGUAAAAGCCAGGCAUUGGCUGUUUAUAAAGCGUUUACAGUUGACAGUCCUGUUCAACAGGCAUUGUGGUGUGACUUCAUUAUAUCACAGGAUAAGUCUGAAAAGAACUACAGUAGUGAUGAAGUAGAAAAAUGCAUAUGUAUAUUGCAAAGCUCAUGUGUUAACAUGCAUAGCAUAGAAGGAAAGGAUUACAUAGCUUCUUUACCUUUUCAGGUUGCAAAUGUUUGGCCCACGAAGUAUGGCUUGUUGUUCGAACGAAGCAGCUCUUCACAUGAGCUUCCUCCAGGCCCACCCAGAGAACCUUUACCCACUAUGUUCAGCAUGCUGCAUCCACUAGAUGAAAUUACACCUCUUGUUUGUAAAUCUGGAAGUCUUUUUGGUUCAUCACGGGUACAAUAUGUUGUAGAUCAUGCAAUGAAAAUUGUUUUUCUCAACACUGAUCCCUCCGUUGUAAUGACCUAUGACACCGUUCAAGGUUUGCAUUCUGUGUGGGCUCUCCGGAGAGUCAAAACAGAGGAAGAGAAUGUUGUUUUAAAGUUCUCUGAACAGGGGGGCACCCCACAGAACGUGGCCACCAGCAGCUCGCUCACAGCACACCUCAGAAGCCUCUCCAAGGGAGACUCCCCCGUGGCUUCCCCCUUCCAGAACUACUCCUCCAUCCACAGCCAGAGUCGCUCAACCUCCUCGCCCAGCCUACACUCCCGCUCACCUUCCAUUUCCAACAUGGCAGCUCUCAGUCGUGCUCAUUCUCCAGCCUUAGGAGUGCACUCUUUUUCAGGGGUGCAAAGGUUCAACCUUUCAAGCCAUAAUCAAUCUCCGAAGAGACACAGUAUUUCUCAUUCUCCAAAUAGUAAUUCUAACGGCUCCUUUCUUGCACCAGAAACAGAGCCAAUUGUUCCUGAACUUUGUAUGGACCAUUUAUGGACAGAAACGAUUACUAAUACAAGGGAGAAGAAUUCACAGGCCUCAAAAGUCUUUAUUACAUCUGACCUAUGUGGGCAAAAGUUCUUGUGCUUAGUAGAGUCCCAGCUCCAGUUACGAUGUGUAAAGUUUCAAGAGAGUAAUGAUAAAACCCAGCUCAUCUUUGGCUCCGUCACCAACAUACAGGCAAAGGAUGCAGCUCCAGUGGAGAAGAUAGACACUAUGCUGGUCCUGGAAGGCAGUGGAAACCUGGUGCUGUACACAGGAGUGGUUCGGGUAAGUGGGAAGGUUUUUAUUCCUGGGCUGCCAGCUCCCUCCCUGACAAUGUCGAACACGUUGCCUCGGCCCAGCACCCCGCUUGACAGCGUUAGUACUCCUAACCCUCUGAGUAAGCUGCUUGGAUCCCUGGAUGAGGCUGUUCUGUUGUCCCCAGUUCCAGAACUAAGGGAUUCUUCAAAGCUUCAUGAUUCUCUCUAUAAUGAGGAUUGUACUUUCCAACAGCUUGGAACUUACAUUCAUUCUAUAAGAGACCCUGUCCAUAACAGGGUAACGCUAGAACUGAGUAAUGGCUCCAUGGUUAGGAUCACUAUUCCUGAAAUUGCCACCUCUGAAUUAGUACAAACUUGUUUGCAAGCAAUUAAAUUUAUCCUGCCAAAAGAAGUAGCUGUUCAGAUGCUUGUCAAGUGGUACAGUGUCCACAGCGCUCCGGGAGGACCCAGUUAUCACUCAGAGUGGAACUUAUUUGUGACUUGUCUCAUGAACAUGAUGGGUUAUAACACAGACCGCUUAGCGUGGACAAGGAAUUUUGACUUUGAAGGAUCACUUUCCCCAGUCAUUGCACCCAAAAAAGCAAGACCUUCUGAGACGGGAUCUGAUGAUGACUGGGAAUAUUUACUAAAUUCAGACUACCACCAGAAUGUUGAGUCUCAUCUUUUGAAUAGAUCUUUAUGUUUGAGUCCUUUGGAAGUUUCACAGAUGAAGGAUGAGGAUUUGUCACAGAAUCUCAGUUUGGACUCUUCUACACUUCUUUUCACUCACAUACCUGCAAUUUUUUUUGUUCUUCACCUGGUCUAUGAGGAGCUUAAGUUGAACACUCUAAUGGGAGAAGGAAUUCGUUCACUUGUUGAACUUCUCGUUCAGUUGGCAAGGGACUUAAAAUUGGAGGCUUAUGUAGAUCAUUACUAUAGAGAUUACCCAACACUUGUCAGAACUACUGGACAAGUGUGUACAAUUGAUCAAGGACAAACAGGAUUUAUGCAUCAUCCAUCAUUUUUUACUUCUGAGCCACCAAGUAUUUAUCAGUGGGUGAGUUCUUGUCUGAAGGGUGAAGGAAUGCCACCCUAUCCUUACCUCCCUGUCAUCUGUGAAAGAAGCAGACUUGUAGUCUUGAGUAUUGCACUCUACAUACUUGGUGAUGAAAGUUCUGUUUCUGAUGAAUCCUCACAGUAUUUAUCCAGAAUAAGUAUAGCCCCACAGAAGUCACAAGCAGAACAAGAGGAGAACAGGUUUAGUUUCAGGCAUUCUACAUCAGUUUCUAGUCUAGCUGAGAGAUUGGUCGUCUGGAUGACUAAUGUAGGUUUCGCUUUAAGAGACUUGGAAACUCUUCCCUUUGGAGCUGCUCUUCCCGUCAGAGAUGCGAUUUAUCACUGUCGGGAGCAGCCCGCUUCAGACUGGCCGGAAGCUGUUUGCCUCCUGAUUGGGCGUCAGGAUCUUUCCAAGCAGGCCUGUGAAGGAAACUUGCCCAAAGGGAAAUCUGUGCUCUCAUCAGAUGUUCCUUCAGGAACAGAAACUGAGGAGGAAGAUGAUGGCAUGAAUGACAUGAAUCAGGAGGUGAUGUCGCUAAUAUGGAGUGAAGACUUAAGGGUGCAGGAUGUGCGAAGGCUUCUUCAGAGUGCGCAUCCUGUCCGCGUCAAUGUGGUGCAGUACCCAGAACUCAGUGACCACGAGUUCAUUGAGGAAAAGGAGAACAGAUUGCUCCAGUUGUGUCAGCGAACUAUGGCUCUUCCAGUAGGACGGGGAAUGUUUACCUUGUUUUCCUACCAUCCUGUUCCAACGGAGCCAUUGCCUAUCCCUAAGUUGAAUUUGACUGGGCGGGCACCCCCUCGGAACACAACGGUAGACCUGAACAGUGGCAACAUCGAUGUGCCUCCCAACAUGACCAGCUGGGCCAGCUUCCAUAACGGCGUGGCUGCCGGCCUGAAGAUAGCCCCUGCCUCCCAGAUCGACUCAGCCUGGAUUGUCUACAAUAAGCCCAAGCACGCCGAGUUAGCCAAUGAGUACGCUGGCUUCCUCAUGGCCCUGGGUCUGAACGGGCACCUUACCAAGCUGGCUACUCUCAACAUCCAUGACUACCUGACCAAGGGUCAUGAGAUGACAAGCAUUGGACUGCUCCUUGGUGUUUCUGCUGCUAAGCUAGGCACCAUGGAUAUGUCGAUUACACGGCUUCUUAGCAUCCACAUUCCCGCUCUCCUGCCGCCAACGUCCACAGAGCUUGAUGUUCCUCACAACGUCCAAGUGGCUGCAGUGGUUGGCAUCGGCCUUGUUUAUCAAGGGACAGCUCAUAGGCAUACCGCAGAAGUCUUGUUGGCUGAAAUAGGACGACCCCCUGGUCCUGAAAUGGAAUACUGCACGGACAGAGAGUCUUACUCUUUGGCUGCUGGCUUGGCUCUGGGCAUGGUUUGCUUGGGGCACGGCAGUAAUUUGAUAGGCAUGUCUGAUCUCAAUGUGCCCGAGCAGCUUUAUCAGUACAUGGUUGGAGGCCAUAGGCGCUUUCAAGCAGGGAUGCACAGGGAGAAACAUAAAUCUCCAAGUUAUCAAAUCAAAGAAGGAGAUACCAUAAAUGUGGAUGUAACUUGUCCAGGUGCCACUCUCGCUUUGGCCAUGAUCUACUUAAAAACCAAUAACAGAUCCAUUGCAGAUUGGCUCCGAGCUCCCGACACCAUGUAUUUGCUGGACUUUGUGAAGCCAGAAUUUCUCUUACUUAGGACGCUUGCUCGAUGCCUGAUUUUGUGGGAUGAUAUUUUACCAAAUUCCAAGUGGGUUGAUAGCAACGUUCCUCAAAUUAUAAGAGAAAAUAGUAUCUCUCUCAGUGAAAUCGAAUUGCCGUGUUCAGAGGAUUUGAAUUUGGAAACUUUGUCGCAGGCACAUGUCUACAUAAUUGCAGGAGCUUGUUUGUCUCUGGGUUUUCGAUUUGCUGGCUCAGAAAACUUAUCAGCAUUUAACUGUUUGCAUAAAUUUGCAAAAGAUUUUAUGACUUAUUUGUCUGCACCUAAUGCUUCUGUAACAGGUCCUUACAACCUGGAGACUUGCCUGAGUGUGGUGCUGCUGUCUCUCGCCAUGGUGAUGGCUGGCUCGGGGAACCUGAAGGUUUUGCAGCUUUGUCGCUUCUUGCACAUGAAAACAGGUGGUGAAAUGAACUAUGGUUUCCACUUAGCCCAUCACAUGGCCCUUGGACUUCUGUUUUUGGGAGGAGGAAGAUACUCUUUGAGCACAUCAAACUCUUCCAUUGCCGCUCUCCUCUGUGCCCUUUACCCGCACUUCCCAGCUCACAGCACUGACAACCGGUAUCACCUCCAGGCUCUCCGGCACCUGUACGUGCUGGCUGCAGAACCGAGACUUCUCGUGCCCGUGGACGUGGACACAAACACGCCCUGCUAUGCCCUCUUAGAAGUGACCUAUAAGGGCACUCAGUGGUAUGAGCAAACCAAAGAAGAACUGAUGGCUCCUACCCUUCUUCCAGAACUCCACCUUUUAAAGCAGAUUAAAGUUAAAGGCCCACGAUACUGGGAACUGCUCAUAGAUUUAAGCAAGGGAACCCAACACUUGAAGUCAAUUCUUUCCAAGGACGGGGUUUUAUAUGUUAAGCUCAGAGCGGGUCAGCUCUCGUACAAGGAAGAUCCAAUGGGGUGGCAAAGUUUGUUGGCCCAGACUGUUGCUAACAGGAACUCUGAAGCUCGGGCUUUCAAGCCUGAAACGAUUUCAGCAUUCACUUCUGAUCCAGCACUUCUGUCAUUUGCUGAAUAUUUCUGCAAACCAACUGUGAACAUGGGUCAGAAACAGGAAAUUCUGGAUCUCUUUUCUUCAGUACUCUAUGAAUGUGUGACCCAGGAGACCCCGGAGAUGUUACCUGCAUACAUAGCAAUGGAUCAGGCUGUAAGAAGACUGGGAAGGAGAGAGAUGUCCGAGACAUCUGAACUUUGGCAGAUAAAGUUGGUGUUAGAGUUUUUCAGCUCCAGAAGCCAUCAGGAGCGGCUGCAGAACCACCCCAAGCGAGGGCUCUUUAUGAACUCGGAAUUCCUCCCUGUUGUCAAAUGCACUAUUGAUAAUACUCUGGACCAGUGGCUGCAAGCUGGGGGUGAUGGGUGUGUGCACGCCUACCUCAACGGGCAGCCCUGCGAGGAGUCACAGCUGAGCAUGCUGGCCUGUUUCCUCGUCUACCACUCAGUGCCAGCCCCGCGGCACCUGCCGUCUAUAGGACUAGAAGGGAACACAAGCUUCGCAGAACUCCUCUUCAAAUUUAAACAGCUGAAGAUGCCAGUGCGAGCUUUGCUGAGAUUGGCUCCUUUGCUUCUUGGGAAUCCACAGCCAAUGCUUAUGUGAUCAUGUCUGGUGGUAAGCCUACCCUGAAACGUGACUUCUGCACAAAAACGUGACCAAACAGCAAAGCUAAAGAAACCUUUAAAAGUUUUAUAAUAUAACUGGGGGGAAAUGAGCUGCACAAACCUCAAUGUAUUUUAAAAUUAAGGGUUUUAAAUAUCCCAGAGACUCUGUUGCUGUUGGCAUUAGCAUUAUAAGAAUAUAAAAAUGAGUGAAAUUUUACUUUUGUAAAUAAAAUUUUUUGGUUUGUUUUCAAAA